CAACUACAAUAAAGCUCAUACAUUUCUAUACACAACAAAUACUGGUCAACACUUAUCACCAAGCAAACCAUAUGUCCCAACCAACCUCAUUCUUCAAUGGUGUUCCAUUGAUAGACCUCUCUAAACCCGACUCCAAGAACCUCAUUGUUAAGGCUUGCGAAGAAUUCGGUUUCUUCAAGGUCAUAAACCAUGAUGUCCCUAUGGAAUUCAUAAGUAAACUUGAAUCAGAAGCCAUUAAAUUCUUCUCUUCUCCCCUCUGUGAGAAACUAAAAGCAGGUCCUGCUGACCCUUUUGGCUAUGGCAAUAAACAGAUUGGACAAAAUGACGAUUUCGGUUGGGUCGAACACAUUCUCGUGUCAACAAACUCUGAGUUCAAUUACCACAAAUUUGCAUCUAUAUUAGGUGUAAAUCCAGAAAACAUUCGGGCUGCGGUAAAUGAUUAUGUGUCAGCGGUGAAGAAAAUGUCGUGUGAGAUUCUUGAAAUGUUGGCAGAAGGAUUAAAGAUUCAUCCUAAGAAUGUUUUUAGUAAGCUAUUAAUGGAUGAAAAAAGCGACUCUGUAUUCAGGCUCAAUCACUAUCCACCAUGUCGAGAAAUCGAAGAAUUUAGUGAUAAUAAUACUAAUAAUUUGAUUGGAUUUGGAGAGCAUACAGACCCACAAAUCAUAUCAGUAUUAAGAUCCAACAACACUUCGGGGCUCCAAAUAUUACUAAAAGAUGGCCAUUGGAUAUCUGUCCCACCUGAUGAACAUUCUUUCUUCGUCAACGUUGGUGACUCAUUGCAGGUUAUGACUAACGGGAGGUUUAAGAGUGUGAAGCAUAGGGUAUUGACCAACAGUGUGAAAUCAAGACUAUCAAUGAUAUAUUUUGGAGGACCACCAUUGAGUGAAAAGAUAGCACCUUUGCCAUCACUAAUGGAAGGAGAAGAUAGCAGCUUGUACAAAGAAUUUACAUGGUUUGAGUACAAAAAUUCAGCUUAUAAAACUAGACUGGCUGAUAAUAGAUUGAUCCUUUUUGAGAAAAUAGCAGCCUCAUAAUAAUAUUAAUUCUUUUUCUUAUCUAAGUGACUAAUAUAAGUCCCACCAUGUUAGGAAUUAUGGGUUGUCAAGAUGCUCAUUGUGGGCUUAAAGGAUAGUUGAUUGGAUUCCUAUAUAUAGCAAACUUUGUAUUUUCUUUUUUGUCUUUCUCAUACUGUUUUGUAACUACCGGUCUUGUUAAUGAUACAAUUAAGAAGUCCAUAGUUUUCAAA